GUUGUCGAUCAGUUUCGUUUUUUUCACGUAGUACGAAGUAUUACUUCCUUCUUCCUUCCGUUACCAUUUUGCUGUUUUAACAACCAUCAUCACCACUGAAUUUCAUUGACCAUCAAGUCAGCAACCAACGAGUAUUCCUAGUUUACGUUAACACCAUUGUGAUCCACCAAAUACGUCUAUUUUCCUGUUUUGUGUCCCAUUAAUCACUGUUUAUCAAACUAUCACCAUCAUGCUCAAGGAACUCAUCGGAAUUACCUUGAUAACUAUAGUAACAGCUUCACCAGCUUACUAUGGCUAUACUCCUGCACCUAAGUAUUCACCAACUCCAAAGGAUUCCUAUGCAAUCCCUACUCCAUCAUACACUCAUCAUAAGCAAUCUUAUUCCGAGCCAACCUAUGAAAACAAUGGUUACCCUUACAGUUUCGGCUAUGAUAUUGAUGAUGGUUAUGGAAACAACAAUCACCGUAUGGAAGAAGGUGAUGAGCAUGGUAAUAAGCGAGGCUCCUACGGUUACACUGAUGCUUAUGGAGUUUACCGUAAAGUAGAUUAUAUUGCCGAUGAUUAUGGGUUUAGAGCAACCGUAACCACAAAUGAACCAGGAACAGCCAACUCAGAUCCUGCUGAUGUUAAAAUGUACUCAAAGGAACCACCAGCAACAAGUUCGCCCUCACCAGCACCAGUUUAUGCCGCACCAGCAUAUCUGACACCUUCUUAUGCUCCAAGCUAUGGAUACAAGCCAUAUUCAUCUUACUCAUCUAAACCCAGUUAUUACGAGGAAUACAAACGACCCUAUGAAUAUCACAAUUAUUAGAGUUAAUCAAACCAUCAUUUCAAUUGUUUUCAUAGGAUAAAUGAGAAAGUAACAUUAUUUGACAAUCAAACAUUUUUUACUUUUCUUUUCCUCUCUGUAUCAUUAUUAUUAAUCUAUUUUAAUAACAUUAUUUAUCGAUAAGAAAAUGAA